AGGUCAGCCUUGCCAAGUCGAGAGUGCCUCUGUUAUCUUCCCCUCGGUUUCUGCGAAUAGUCCCGUGAACCAGAACUUUCCGCAUGAAAGAUGCCCGGGAAUUCAAUCUUGCUGGCUGCUCUCUCUGUCCUCUCUGCCUGUCAGCAAAGUUAUUUCGCUUUGCAGGUAGGAAAGGCGAGAUCAAAAUACAAAGUUACACCCCCAGCAGUCUCUGGGUCACCAGAAUUUGAGAGAAUAUUUCGUGCACAACAAAACUGUGUGGAGUUUUACCCAAUAUUUAUGAUUACAUUGUGGAUGGCUGGAUGGUAUUUCAACCAAGUACACCAGACAAGUCUGGUGUACAUAUAUGUCCGUCACCAGUAUUUCUGGGGAUACUCAGAAGCUGCUAAAAAAAAGGUAAGGAACACCCAAGAAUUGAUCACUGGUUUCCGGUUGAGUCUGGGGCUUUUGGCCUUGUUGACUGUCCUAGGCACCGUGGGGAUUGCAAACGGCUUUCUGGAUGAAUACCUGGACUUCAAUGUUGCCAAGAAACUGAGGCAUUUCUAAUGUUCCCCCCUCCCUUUGCUCAAAUGCUUGCAGAAGAUGUUUCCACUCUAAAGGUUAGAUGGUGCCACAUGUUCAAUUAAAAGAAGUAAGUCUCCUUUUU